CUUUGUUUUAUCCAGUCUUCCAACAACUGCGAGAACAGCUUCCAAUGAUAUGCAACCUGUGUUAGGUAUUUUUACCUUACUAACGAAACACGGUUCGACGGCGAAUCAAUACCCGAAAUUGCGUUCAUAAGACGGCCUUCUUACAUACUACCUCUAGGGUCUCACAAACGGACGUGACUCACGAGUUGAUUUGAACGACCAGCGGGAAUCAGGGCUCGUUUUGAUUUUCUGUAAUCCGUACAGAGACACCGAUAUUUUUGUUUGGCAUUCCAGAUUCGAAGUUGUCUCUGAGCCUGCACCGGACAUCUCAACCUUGCACUCCGAAUUCGGUCGGAGACGAAUCCAUCACCACCAUGCCGGCCGCUUUGGAUAUCAUCGACCACUCACCACAUCAUCCCGAUCCGUCGCCCCUGGUCCCGACGGCCUCCAACCUCAUCCUGAUCGACAACUAUGACUCGUUCACCUGGAAUGUGUACCAAUACCUGGUGCUCGAGGGUGCCAAUGUGACGGUAUUCCGAAACGACAAGAUCACGCUCGAGGAGCUCAUCGCCAAGAAGCCGACUCAAUUGGUUGUCAGCCCAGGGCCGGGCCACCCAGGCACAGAUUCGGGCAUCAGCCGUGACGCCAUCAAGCACUUCGCCGGAAAGAUCCCAAUUUUCGGCGUGUGCAUGGGUCAGCAAUGCAUUUUCGAUGUGUAUGGCGGCGAUGUGAGUUUCGCUGGUGAGAUUCUGCACGGCAAGACAUCACCCCUGGCACAUGACUCCAAGGGUGUCUAUGCUGGCCUGGCCCAGGGCUUGCCCGUCACCCGCUAUCACUCCCUCGCCGGAACUCAUGUCACGCUGCCCGAGUGUUUGGAGGUGACCUCCUGGAUCGCCAACGAAGAUGGCUCCAAGGGCGUCAUCAUGGGUGUCCGUCACAAGGAGUACACCAUUGAGGGCGUACAAUUCCACCCGGAGAGCAUCCUAUCGGCCGAGGGGCGCCUCAUGCUCAGGAAUUUCCUGCACAUGCAGGGCGGCACCUGGGCCGAGAAUGAGCGCCUGCAGAAAGCUGCCGAGACCAACCAGGACGCCGCCACUGUGCCGAAUGGCGUCGCAAAGACAGCACCGGCACCAAAGAACAACAUUCUCCAGACGAUCUAUGCCCACCGAAAAGCCGCCGUCGACGCCCAGAAGCAGAUCCCCUCGCAGAGACCUUCUGACCUGCAGGCCGCCUACAACUUGAACCUCGCCCCGCCCCAGAUUUCGCUCGUCGAUCGCCUGCGCCAAUCACCAUUUGAUGUUGCUCUGCUGGCCGAGAUCAAGCGAGGGUCACCAUCAAAAGGCGUCUUUGCCCUUGACAUCGACGCCCCCAGCCAGGCCCGCAAGUACGCGCUCGCCGGCGCCAGCGUCAUCUCAGUCCUGACUGAGCCUGAGUGGUUCAAGGGAAGCAUCGAGGACCUGCGCGCCGUUCGCCAAGUUCUCAACGGCAUGCCCAAUCGGCCCGCCGUGCUUCGAAAGGAAUUCAUCUUUGAGGAGUACCAGAUCCUCGAGGCAAGGCUUGCCGGCGCCGACACUGUCCUGCUGAUUGUGAAGAUGCUGGAGGUUGAUGUAUUGGAACGGCUCUACAGGUACUCGCUCUCGCUCGGCAUGGAGCCGCUGGUGGAGGUUCAAAACGCCGAGGAAAUGGCUACGGCUAUCAAGCUAGGCUCCAAGGUGAUCGGCGUCAACAACCGCAACCUGGAGAAUUUUGAGGUCGACCUCGGCACAACGGGCCGUCUCCGGAGUAUGGUACCCAAGGACACCUUUCUGUGCGCUCUCAGCGGCAUCAACUCGCACCAAGACGUUCUCGAAAGCAAGCGCGACGGCGUCAACGGCAUCCUCGUUGGCGAGGCUAUCAUGCGGGCGCCAGACGCAUCCAAAUUCAUCAGGGAACUCUGCGCGGGGCCCGAGGCGCCAGCACCCAAAUCAGAGACCAAGCCGCUACUAGUCAAAAUCUGCGGGACGCGAAGCCCCGAGGCCGCCGCGCAAGCCAUCAGUGCUGGCGCCGAUCUCGUGGGCAUGAUCCUCGUCCCGGGCACGAAGCGCUGCGUCUCGCACGAGACGGCCCUGGCCAUCUCGGAGGCAGUCCACAGCAGCCGCAGCCGCAGACAGGCCGCCAGCUCCCUUGGCUCGGACCCAAUCAACGUUUCCAAGACAGCAACGGACUUCUUCACACUCUCGGGCGAAGUACUGCGGAAACAGGGACCCCUCCUCGUCGGCGUCUUUAUGAACCAGCCCCUGGACGACGUCCUCGAGAAGCAGCGCCUGUACGGCCUCGACGUAAUCCAGCUGCACGGCGACGAGCCGCUCGAGUGGGCUAGCCUCAUCCCGGUGCCCGUCAUUCGCAAGUUCAAGCCUGGGCAGAUCGGGCUCGGCGUGCGCGGGUACCAUGCCGUUCCGCUGUUGGACUCGGGGGCGGGGUCAGGGGCGCUGCUCGAUGUGGAGGCUGCCAGGGCCGCAUUGGAGAGGGAUCCGCAUUUGUCGGUACUUCUGGCGGGUGGGUUGGAUCCGGGCAAUGUUGCCGCGUCGGUGGCGGCUCUGGGGCCGCUUGCCGAGAGGGUGCUGGGCGUGGAUGUGAGCAGUGGCGUUGAGGUGGAUGGGCAACAGAGUUUGGAGAAGAUUAGGGGGUUUGUAAAGGCUGCUAAGGCGAUUCGGUAGUUGUCCGUGGAGUUGAUAGGGAGAACAGCUUUGGCAUAUUGACUUCACUGACGUGCUGUGAAAAAGCAGGGUGCCUGAACGUGGUUUUUCUUCGGCUGGAGCUGGCAUCGGCCAUAGUUUCUCGGGAGAAGAGGUGUCAUCAUGUUGCUCUUGGAAACGCUGACAUCCUCCUUCAGCCCCUGUGGACGACGCAUGAUCUCGUCAAUUCACCCGAAUGAUAGUCUAACCCCCCUCCCCCCCCGACUCUUGCACAGAGUUAGGCAUGGAGUGAGUCGGCAGCCAG